AACAUUUUUAACUUUAUCAUUUGGUUUUUGAAUUUCUCUCUCUUGACAUUCAAGUUUAAUUACUAAUUCUCUCUUUUCCCUUUUUUCUCCUUGUUAAUCAUCUCAACUCUUCUACUUUGUGAAAACAAUGGCUCGUACUAAGCAAACUGCUCGUAAAUCAACCGGAGGUAAAGCUCCACGAAAACAAUUGGCUACAAAGGCUGCCCGUAAAUCAGCCCCUGCCACCGGUGGUGUUAAGAAGCCCCACAGAUAUCGACCUGGAACAGUUGCUCUUCGAGAGAUCCGUCGUUACCAAAAGUCAACUGAGCUUUUGAUCCGAAAGUUACCUUUCCAACGAUUGGUUCGUGAAAUUGCUCAAGAUUUCAAGACUGAUCUUCGUUUCCAAUCAUCAGCAGUUAUGGCUCUUCAAGAAGCUUCUGAAGCUUAUUUGGUUGGUCUGUUUGAAGACACUAAUCUUUGCGCUAUUCAUGCCAAGAGAGUCACUAUUAUGCCAAAGGACAUCCAAUUGGCCAGAAGAAUCCGAGGAGAACGAGCUUAAGUGUCUUAUUUUUCUCUUUUUCAUGGAUCUCUCCCUCAUCAUCCCUGUCCCAUUCCCCAUGUCCUCUCAUCAUCAUCCUCAUCAUGAAUCAUCCCUCAUAAUCCCACCACCACCACCAUCAUCAUCAUAAUCAUACCAAAAAACGGCCCUUUUCAGGGCCAAUUACUUAAUUUCGAAAAAGAGUUUUUUAUGCUUUUGUUUUUACCCUUUAAUAUUACUUGACAUUGAUUCUCAUUGAAAAGUCGAUUUAUAUUUUAAUUAAUGAUUGAAAUUCCUUGACAAAACCAUUUAUUUAUAUUAAACAUAAUUCAAUCGACUCUAAA